AUGAAGCCUCUACUAGGAACCCUGGUUCUGCAAUCAGAUAUUACUCCACUGGAAAUUUCACAUGUGCAAGCUGUUAGGACUGUCCACCAAAGUAAGAGUGUGCGUACAAUCCUAGAUGAUGACUCAUCUGAGGAUGAACUUACCCAGCCAUCAAUCCAUGAAGCCCCUCAGGAGCCAACUGAGCCAGCUCAGGAGGCUGAUACGCUAAUGACCACGAACCUUGAAGACAGCACCUGGGCUAACAAUCAGCUAACUGCUGGAAAUCGCGGGACGAGGUCCAGAUGCAUCUCUUUGGUGAGAGCGAGGUGCAAAAUUAUGAUAUCCUGGCUAUCCACCUACAUCAACAAACAUACUGACCCACUAACAACAUACUCACUAGCGCUCAAGGGCAGCUUCCAUAUCCUACUGCAGCCCACACCCAAGGAAGAAUACAAGAAACGCCCACGAGUCUGUUUCUACGUCAAUAGAGGGCUAGAUCCAGCCACAUGGGAGGUCCAAUACUAUAAUAGAGAUCUGAGCACAUUGACACUUCAUACAGCCGCCCAUGGAACUAUCUAUAUUCACAAUAUAUACAAUCUAGGAGUCAAUAGCAACAAGGAAUCUGUAAUUAGUGCUCUGCAAACCGCCAUGGCACCUAGGGUAUAG